GCCUCGUAGGAAGAUGAGACCGCUCUCUCAUGUGUGAGGGACUGUCCGAGACGACCGGUGCAAACAUCAGCUUUCGUGACUACGAAGUGCGAGUUCAAGUUCGCGAUCCAGAGAUUUCCUGCAGUCAGGAUUGUCGGGCAUUCGUGAGAGCACGAUGUGCAAGCAAGGUCGCUGAUAAUGGUUGCACUGGAAAGUUGAAAGGAGGAAAGAGCAGCUCGGUUUUAACAUUUUGCAAAUGCUAUCACCGUUGAACACAUUCCAAGGGAUCACAAUUCACAUGUAGAAAGACAAUGUGGGGUUGCACAUAACUGGAAGAGGAAAAUUGGGUCGUGCACGGCAAGCGUGUAAUCUCGGCUGCGCAGUUGUGGAAGGUUUGCCACUUGAAAGCUCAGGUUGCAGAGCAUGCGGCUGACAUCCGGCGUUGAGAGGAGAGGUGCUGCAAAAUGAUGGAGCCUACGCGCUUGACGCCCGAGGUGUUGGCCGCAGCGGCCGCCCGGGCGGACGAGGAGGACGCGUUGGACACCCCGCCCGCACCGCGUGCCCCGGCCAGCAUGACGGAGGAGCUGCCGCCCCUGCCCCGCGUCUCCUCCCCCCGCCUCGGUUCCAACUCACCCAGAGCAGCGCCAGCGCGCAAGAGUAACUAUGGCAGCAUACAGCCCCUCAACACACCGGAGUACGGUCGCCGCGAUGACAGCGACCUGGAGGGGUCGGAAGCAGAGGGUCCAGAGGGUGGGGGAGGGUCCACCGUUUCAGAAGAGUUUACAAGCUACGACCGUGCGCGCCUUCAGCUAUACCGCAAGGUCCCUGUCAAAGCCGGCCUCAUCAACCCCUACAGGUUCCUGGUGUUCCUGCGGCUGCUGGUCAUGCUAGGCUUCUUCUUCUGGCGCAUCACCAACCCCAACAACAAGGCGUUUGGCCUCUGGAUGACAGCCGUCAUCUGUGAAAUCUGGAUCGGCCUUGCCUGGCUCAUUGACCAGGGCCCCCGCCUCGGGCCCGUCAACCGUGAAACGUUCAUGGAUCGUCUUAUGCAAAAGUACGAUCGUGAGAACGAGGACAGCAAGUUGCGCGCGGUUGACUUCUUCAUCCACUCCUCCGACCCCGAGAACGACUCGCCGAUCCUCACCUGCAAUGCUGCUCUCUCUGUGUUGGCGCUCGAUUAUCCUGUCGAAAAGGUGUCGUGCUACGUGAACGACGAGGGCGCGUCCAUGCUGACGUUCCAGGUGCUGACGGAGACGGCCAGCUUUGCCCGCGACUGGGUGCCCUUCUGCAAGAAGUUCGACAUUGAGCCACGUGCGCCUGAGAACUACUUCGCGAUCAAGGUGGACUACACCAAGGACAAGAAGCACCCCGACUUCGUCAAGGAGCGCCGCGCCAUGAAGCACCACUACGAGGAGUUCAAGGUGCGCAUCAACGCGCUGGUGGCCAAGUGCGCCAAGCAGAGGCCGCUGGAGGGCUGGCGAGUGGCGGACGGCACCCCGUGGCCGGGCAACAACCCGCAGGACCACCCCGGCAUGAUCCAGAUCCUGCUGCAGCCCAACGUCAACGCGCUCGACAACGAGAACAACCUGCUCCCGCGCCUUGUAUAUCUCUCGCGCGAGAAGCGGCCAGGGUACGACACACACCGCAAGGCGGGCGCUAUGAACGCGCUGCUGCGUGCGAGUGCCCUGAUCACCAACGCGCCCUACAUCUGCUUCAUGGACUGCGAUACCUACGUCAACAACGCCAAUGGGGUCAAGGAGGCGAUGUGCUUCUUCGAGGACCCGCAGAAGGGCGGCAAGGUGUCGUACGUGCAGUUCCCGCUGCGCUACGACGGCGUGGACCCGCACGACCGUUACAACAACCACAACACCGCCUUCUAUGACAUCUACCUCAAGGGCCUCGAUGGCAUCCAGGGGCCCAUCUUUCUUGGCAACGGCACCGUCUUCCGUAGAGGGUCUUUGUAUGGCGCGCUCCCCCCCCAGCUGGACAAGCGCGCCAAGCCGAAGCGCGGUUGCCUGGGGCUGUGCUGCUCCUGCUUCGGCUGCUGCGGCCCUGCGCGGCCCAACAAGACGAGCGAGAUGGACCUCGAGGAGCAGGACCAAGAGGAGCUGCAGCUGAUGCCCUUCAAGUGGCACACGGCGCGCUACGGAACGUGCGAGAACUUCGUGUCGUCCACGUUCGAGACGGCGGGCGGCGCGCCCGUGAACAGCCCGCGCACGACGCUGAGCGACGUGAUCCUCGUCAUCUCGUGCGGGUACGAGGAGAACACGCAGUGGGGCAAGGAGAUCGGGUGGAUCUACUGCAGCAGCGCGGAGCACGUGGUGACGGGCCAGAAGGUCCACGCGCGCGGCUGGCGCUCCAUCUACUGCCUGCCCAAGCGGCCCGCCUUCCGGCGCCCCGCGCAGAUCAACCUGGCGGACCGCCUGCACGCGGUGCUCACCGAGGCGCUGGGCGCGGUGGAGACGUACUGGAGCAAGUACAACGUGCUGUGGUGGCGCCCGUGCAGCAGCCAGCUGAAGCGGCGGCAGCGCCUCGCGUACCUCAACGCGGCGGCGUACCCCAUGGUGGCCAUCCCCGUCAGCGCCUACUGCGUGCUGCCCGCCAUCUGCCUCAUCACCAACCAGUUCAUCGUGGGCCACGUGACCAACAUCGGCGCGGGCAUCUUCGUCGCCUACGCGCUCGUGUACGGCCUCAGCUGCUGGUUCGAGAUGCGCUGGUCCGCGGUGCCGCUCGAGGAGUGGUGGCGCGCGCAGCAGAUGUGGGUCAUCAACUGCACCAGCGGCUACCUCGCCGCCGUCGGCCAGGGCUCCCUCCGCGUCUUCGCCGGCUGCGAGGGCGCGCUCAAGGCCGCCCCGCACGAGCACGAGGGCCACUACGACUACGCCGAGCUCUACACCUUCCGGUGGACGUGGCUGCUCAUCACCCCGCUGACGGUGAUCCUCAUUAACUGCUUUGGCGUUGUGGCCGGCCUGGCCAAAGCCGUCAACAACAAGAAUCCGGAGUGGGGUCAACUCGCUGUCCGGCUUGUGUAUGCCAUAGUUGUCCUCACCUUCAUGUACCCCUUCGCCAAGGGGCUCAUGGGCCGCCACCGACGGGUACCCACCAUUGUCAUCGUGUGGUGCCUCAUGCUGGCCAUCAUCUUUUCUCUCCUCUGGGUUCAAGUUCUCUUCUAGGUCUGAGGCAGCAUGCACGGCAAACUUUGCAGUGCAGGGUGAAGGUGCGUGUAUCCAUCUCAUAGUGUAUACUGAGUCAAAGCGUGAAUCUUCAAUACUCAUGACGGAAGAGACUGACAUAGAGCACUUCGAUAGGUACGUUCGUAGGUUUUCUAGGGUGAAAAGAGGUUGAAAACGGAGGCCGCAUAAAUCCAAGUGUCAGUGGGAAACUCAUAACAUUAGAAUUUUGACCCAUGCAACGCAUUGCUUUCAAGUGGGUUGAUCUGGCUAAAGGAAAGUGGUUGUUGAAUGCUUGACCUUUUGUGAGCCUUGCUGCCGAGUUCCGGCGGUUUUGCAAUAGACGCCUCCGUCGAACGCCCU